CACACGUCUGGUGCACGCGUGGGUUGCAAAUUGGUAGUAAAACCGGCAGCAACACACUCCUGAUUUGAUAGUGGCAUCAAAAGUUAGAACAGAUGCCAUAUUUCUUGUUUCAAGCAGGGGAUGCCUUCAUCCUGCACAACCCAGAUUAAUUCAUAGCUGAAAGCUGUGGGAAGUAUCAGAACCUCCUGUUGCUCCACUUGCUGUACUGCUCUAUGGGGCCUGCUGAGAUACCCCCAAGAAAAGCUGAUGACAAUAGUUUUCCUUUUUCAAAAGUAGCUUGGCUACCUAUUUUUUUCAAGAGAAGAAUGAGAGCUAAUGUGAAUCUCAUCAAGUAUCUCUGUUAAAAAUAGAUAGGCAGAUUGGAACUUUCUGUGGAAAAUAUAACUAAAAAGAGUCUUAAAAUAGUUUUAAAAUAAAAUCAAGAAAUUGUAAUAUUAUUUCAGUGUUCUGAAAACCUCUGUUGCUUUGGCUAGCUAAGUUUGAUUUUGACCCAUUCUGAAUUUCUUUUUAAAAAUAGUUUUCUUCUGAAUCAAAGUAGUAAAAUUAAUAAUUCCAAAUUUCAACUCCUUGGGUGUACUAAAAAUAAUGCAAAAAAACAAAUAUACUGUAUUCUUGAAGAUGGCUGUUAAUGUCUGAACUAUCUCCAGAACUACAAAUACAAGGCCCACGCUUAGAACUAUUGGAUGUGUAACAAGAUCAACAGAGUCUUUGGUGCGAAUCAUAACAUAAAAUGUAUGUUAUAGUUGAAGCGGUGCAUGAGAUUUUAGAUAUAACUGUAGACUAGAAGAAUUCAUCCCUAGAAGGGAAGCAAUUACUAUUAGAAUUUCUCUUCACAUCUUUUUGGUCACUGGUCAAAAAAAAAAAACCACCACUUAAUGGAGGCUUCCCUGAAUUCACGUGGUUUCUCCUAUUGCUCACCAAAAUUAUGCACCCAGGCACUCUGGAUAUGUGGAACAGGCAGAAAAGCUCCAGCUGACUAUUAUUUCCAGUUUCAAUUCUUCCUCAAAAUGAAUACCUUGCAAUUCUCAAAAGUCACAUUCAUAUAGUGUAACUUAGAUUCCAUUACUUCCAGUUCCAGUACAGUUAAGUGGCUAUAGUUAUGCAGAGCAGGUGAAUGGAAUAAAAAUCACAAAAUAGCUAUCGUCUUUCUGUUGCAAACCUCAAAUUCCUAAAAAUUGGUGGUAUUUUCCUUCCUACUUCAUAUAAGAAGUGUAUAAAUGUUUAAAUCAGAUAAAUCAUUUACAUUCAUAUACAGAGAUGAGCUUUGAAUUCACACUGCUGUACAGAAUUUAUAUGUUGCAGCAGAUUAACAAUGAAAGAAUUGAUAACCGACAUGAGCAAACAUGAUUCCUUAGAUUGUUCCCCUUGACCUCUUUCUACCCGUAUCUUUUGCAAAUAUUUUUGGAUUUUCAAGUUACAAGCAGCAAAUUAAAAGCAUGAAUUCUUAAGAAAAUGCCUAGCUGCCUUAAAAUCGCAAAAUAUUGAUUGCUAUUUGUGUAAUAAAAUUCUUCACUGUAACAGCUUUUCACUUCUAUAAUAAUUGUUUUUGAAUAUUUCCCUAGAACAAUAGCCAUGAACUAGUUUUGGGAAAAGUAUAAAUGACUGCCAACAAAUUCCAGAAAGUAAUGUAGAGUAUUGUACCCGGUGGCUUGCAAAAUCGGAGGCUGUUGGUUGAAGAUUGCAGUCCAAGUUGGACCUGCUGACUACUACUCAUCGACAGCUGGGCUGUAAACUGAGAUUCUAAUUUAUGUCCAAAAGGGGGAGGAUGCAGGCAAGGCGUCUCAAUUACAAGAUCUCAUGGCAACAAGUAUGAGCUGAGUGUCCUCAAAAUAGCCACAGGGUGGCUAUAUAACAAGAAAUUCUGUGGGGAAAGCAUCAGUCCUCCACAGAUCUUCACCACGUAUUGUGCUGUCAAAAAAACCCUGAAAGGAACAGAAAAUCAUCACUGGGUUCUUCUUCACCUUUUCUUUGCAAGAUUUUGGGAGGAGAUACUCCUUUGGAUCUCAAGACAUUAUUAUAGUUUUGCACCUCAUCUUUGUGAGGUAGCUCUUCUACUUUCUAAAUCAUUUCAUUUUCGUCACUUCGUCUGUCUGUUGGGCUUCCUUUGCCCUCUGUGAUCAUGAAAUACUACUGCCCAAGCUCACUUCCUAGGUACAGGCGAUAUGCAAGGCGCCUCAAGACUGUGCAUUUCCCCAAUGAUGUUCUCUUCCAGGACCACAUUCGACAGGGUGACUUGGAACAAGUAGGACGUUUCAUUCGGGCCAGGAAAGUCUCCUUGGAUACCAUCUAUCCCUCUGGAAUGGCUGCCAUCCAUGAAGCUGUGCUUGCUGGGAACCUCGAAUGCGUCAAGCUUUUGAUAAAAUACGGCGCUGACAUAAAUCAGACAGAUGAUGAGGGCUGGACACCUCUGCAUAUGGCCUGUAGUGAUGGCUAUGCUGACAUUGCAAGGUACCUUAUCUCUCUUGGGGCCCAGUGUGAUGCCACCAACAAUGAGGGAGAUAAGCCAUCUGACCUUAUUGACCCAGAAUACAAAGAUCUUGUGGAGCUCUUCCAAGCAGCCCAUGUAAACUAAAACUAUCUCUUUUCCAUGUGAAAUCCAGUUUCUAUGGCAGACAGCAUAAUCUGUUGUACAAAGGGGGAAACUAGCAAAGUUGCUCCUAUGAAGUUGGUAAGGGAGUGUAAGAUCUCCUAAAAGAGGCCAUACUAUAGCUGCAAUAGGUAUACUGUAUAUGAGACUGACUACUUGGGGAUUUCUCAGAGAUAUACUUGAGAUAGUCCAUCCAAAAAGAAAUGCAACAUUCUUUAUGGUGGUUCAUUGUCCAAUUAAUUAGAUGACAUAUACUGGUUCUGAUGGGUGUGACUGUGAAGGUAGUUUACAUAUACUGUAUGUUUGUGAUCUGGAUUGGACCAGACACCUCACCUCACCACACAAUCCUCACAAAAAAACUAUGAAAAUAUCUACCUUCAAAAUGACAUCUUUAUGUACAUAUGGAUUAUUCUAAUCUAAAACAUAAUGUAUAAUGUCCUAUUUUUAAUGUGUUGCUGAUUCUAAAUUUGCUUU